AUGCGUCUUUCUACCCUUUCUUCCACCGCCGCGGCGGUGGUGGCCUUUUCCUCCUUCUUUCCCUCGGUUUUUGCUUCUCCCUCAGUCGCUCGAGCAAAUGUCGCCCCUCGCAGCCAAUACUACCACACCGAAGUCGCCUCCAGAGGCAUUAGUUCAAGAGCGGAGGGAAAAAUCAAGCCAAAGGUCUUCAUCAUUUCCAUGUUCGACCCGGAGGCGGAGGUCUGGUGGGGGAUCCCCGAAUUCGACCUGCUAGCGCGCAACGUCAGCGUGACGGGCUUCUCGCCGUUGUUCCCAGAAGCCCACUGCACGGCUGACGGCGACAUCUGCCAGCUCAUCACUGGUGAAGGUGAGAUCAAUGCGGCCGUCACGGUGACGGCGCUCUUCACGUCCGGGCUGUUCGAUCUGACCUCGACUUACUUCCUCGUGGCGGGCAUCGCUGGCAUUAGCCCAGAGGUUGGCACGCUUGGCGGCGUCACCUUCGCCCGCUUCGCCGUGCAAGUCGCGCUGCAGUACGAGUUCGACGCGCGCGAGGUGCCGCAGAACUGGUCGACGGGCUACAUCCCCCAGGGCAGCAAGCUCCCCAACGAGUACCCCGGCGAAAUCUACGGCACCGAGGCCUUCGAGGUCAACGUCGCCCUGCGCGACCUAGCCCUCAACUUCGCAAAGGACGUCGUCCUGAACGACAGCGACACGGCCGUCGCGUACCGCGCCAACUACGCCAAGAGCGAGAACGACCUGUACGCAGCGGGCGCGGCGCCGCCGGGCGUCGUGGCGUGCGACACGGCGACGAGCGACGUCUACUGGUCGGGCACGCUGCUGGGCGAGGCCUUUGCCGAGUACACGGCCGUCGUGACCAACGGCACGGGCGUCUACUGCACCACGCAGCAGGAAGACAACGCGACGCUCGAGGCCCUCGUGCGCGCCGCGCGCGCCGGCCUGCUCGACUUCGCCCGCAUCAUCAUCAUGCGCACCGCCUCCGACUUCGAUCGCCCCUACCCCGGCCAGCCCUCGCUCGCCAACCUGCUGGAAGUCGACCAGGGCGCCUUCGCCCCCGCCAUCCAGAACAUCUACCGCGCCGGCGUCAAGGUCGUCGAGGGCAUCGUCGGCGGCUGGAACAGCACGUUCGCGGCGGGCGUCAAGGCGGAGAACUACGUCGGCGACAUCUUCGGCACCCUGGGCGGCGAGCCGGACUUUGGGCCUGGGAGUGAGUUUGAUGGCAGCGCCGCUAAGAGGAGUGUGCGCAAGAGGAGUGAUAUGUCGAAGAAGAAGAGGACUGGUCCGAAGAUGGCCAUUUCUCUUCCCCUUAAGCGUUGA